AUGACUUCUGAAGCCUCCAACGGUAAUACCGUUCCCGAUGUCGCAAUUGACGCUCCUCUCGUUGAGGCUUCUUCGGCCGAGACCGCCGCCUCCAAGAUGCAAAAGCUUCACGAAGCACAUGCCGCUACUGUCGAAGAUGCUGUAGACGAAGAAGACCUUUUGCACCCUGGUUCCAAGUCGGCAAUUGCCACUGGCCAAGCGACUCCCGUCAUCGAUGGUCCACUUACCUCGAAGAAAUCUCAACAACCGGCCUUCGACAUCAACUCCGCUGAAUUGUUCCCAGAAUUGGGUUCCGGAGGCCCCGGAAAGGGCAAAGGCAAAGGACCGACUGCUCCACCGACAUGGGGCGCCAAGAUGUCUGGAGCUUCUGCCGUCGCUGGCAGUUUCGCGCCACCUGCUCAGCAGGCACCGAGGACUACCCUGCCAUUGAUGUCGAAUGAUGUCAAUGAAAUGAUGAGCAUCGAUCUCGCAGACCAAAUCCCCAGGAACCAGUGGAAGAGGCCAUUGGGAGAAAUUAUCAAUGAUAUCAAGAAGACGACUGGGGUUAGGAUUGAUGCAUCUACUGCCGGUUCAGGAAUGAUUACCUUCAUCACUAAGGGUAAGCAAGAUGCUGUCUUGAAAGCUAAGGCCUUGUUGAGACAAGCCAUUUGCCGUAAGACCCAAGCGAAGCAUAACAUUCCUGUCAGCACCCGGAAGCACAUUAUUGGACCCAAGGGCGCCACUAUCCAAGGGAUUACCCAGCGAACUGGAUGUCGUGUUCAAAUCCCGCAGGUUGAAGAAACUGAGGGAGUUGACGACCCGUUUGCCGAGGAAGAACCGAUGGUUGAGAUUAGCCUCGAGGGAGACGUGGAUGCUAUUAGGAUGGCUCUGCAAGAAAUCAACCAAAUCGUUGGACAGAAGACUUCGCAUGUGAAUGUCAAGCUUCCGUUCACAACUUUCCCUGGGCAAUUCUUCCCGUUCCUCGCCGGUCCCCACAAUGCAAAUAUUGCCGAGAUGGAGGAAGGUAAAGACCUUAGGAUCCGCAUUCCGGUCUACAAUACAUCCGAGUCUUCCAGGGAGUUCUCAGAGCCACCCGUCCCAAUUAUGUUGUCUGGUGAGAGGGCUGCAGUCCAAGAAGCUCGUGCUAAACUUGAGAAGCAAGCUGCAGAACUCCGUGAUGUGUUCCAGUCUAUCUCCAUUAAUAUUCCCAAACAACAACACCGAUUCCUUGUUGGCGACCGAGGAAAAGCCAUUGGUGAUAUUCUCUUGGAAUCUGGAUGCAGUGUCGUAGUCCCACCACCCCACAUUCUAUACGACUCAGUUCUUGUGAUUGGGCCACGCGAUAAAAUUGGGAACGGUGUCACAUCCGUGAUGGCCAAGGCCAACUCGAUGAGUUUCGAGGCGCUUGAUAUCGCCAGGGCCCAUGCUGUCGCUUUCGCUAACGAUAUCGCUCGUCAACGACAGCACGCCCGUGACUUGGCGAGAUAUUUCCGCAAGACCAAAGAAGUUCAGAGGAUCGAGAGUGAAUAUGAAGUCCAGAUUGUGAUCCCCAAGACCGAUGCCCUUUACGAUCUCAACACCGGUGUUAACUUUGAAAUUACUGGCAAGACGGCUGAGAGUGUGAAGAAGGCCAGGAUGGGUGUUAUUAACAUCGUCAAUAGCCAUCCACCGUCUCGCCUUAGCUAUGUUGAUAUCGAGCCCCUUCUGCAUAGACAUAUCAUUGGUGCUAAGGGCCGAAACUUGCAAAAGAUCAAGGAUGACCAUAGCGUUGAGGUCCUGUUCGCUGAUGAGGAUGAUCAGGACUCCCAGAUCGUCUUGAUUUACGAAGGUCCUACUGGUGCUCAAGCUCCACCGCAGGAGGCUGCAGCUACUGAAGCCUUGGAUGCGGUUAGGGAGUUGUUGUUGAAGAUUGCUAGCGAUCAGGCUGAUUUGAAGUCGAAAGUCUUGAACAUUCCGGCUAAAUAUCACGCGAAGAUUGUUGGCCCGAAGGGAACCACUUUGAACGCCUUUACUGGUGGAUCCGACGCUACGGUCAAAGUUACAGUUGGUGCGCCUAAGUUGAAGCCUGGCCAGCCUGCGUUGACUCCGGCUCAAGCCGCUGCCGCUGACGACACCAUCACCAUCCGCGGUCCUUCCGCUGAGGUUGAGCGUGUUGCCACCAAGAUCACUAACUUCGUGGAGAGUACCAAACAUAAUGAGGUACUUAAUUCGUACACUAUUACUUUUGACUUUCCCCAGAAGUUCCAGAAGAAUCUGGUUGGCAAGGGUGGAAGCAACAUUAGCAAGUACCGCGAUGAGUUGGGAGUUCAGAUCGACCUUGAGAAGGAUGCUGGUACUGUUACAAUUAAGGGAAUCAAGGAAAAUGUUGAGGAAGCUAAGGUUCGCAUUCAGAGGCUUGGCAAGAAGCUUGAGGAUGAAACCACCACCAGCGUUAUUGUUGCGCCGGAAUAUCACCGUACCAUCAUUGGACAAGGCGGCAAGUUCGUCAAGAGACUGGAGGAAAAGUACUCCGUCAGGAUCCAGUUCCCGAAGGUCGGGCAGGAAAACUCGAGUGAUUUGGCUAGCGAUGUUGGUGGCGCCCCACAAAGGUCUCAGGCACCCAACGAGAUCGUCUUGAGGGGUCCUAGCAAGGGCGUCAAGGAAGCCAAGGACGAAAUUACGGAGUUGAUUAAGUAUGAACAAGAUCACGGUCACUCUGUUGCUGUUACAGUUCCAGCCCGAGUUCUACCACACAUCAUCGGAGCCGGUGGAAAAGUUAUCAACCAGAUUCGCGAUGAUUCGGGCGCCAAGAUCGAGCUCCCACCUCAGGGCUCAACAGACGCCGAGUUGGUUGAGGUUAGGAUCAAGGGUACCAAAGAUCAGAUCGCGAAGGCAAAGGCCGCCAUCUUGGCUAGUACCAAGGAGGUCGAGAACCAAGUUGUUAAGAUGUUGAGCGUAGAUAAGAAGUUCCAUCGAGCUUUGAUUGGCCCUGGUGGCCAGAUUUUGCACAGCAUUGUUGUCAAGUGUGGCGGACCCUCUGAUAAGAGUGCUCAAGCGCGCAUGGUUCGCUUCCCACACCACGAUGUCACUGACAGCAACAUUAAGGUCGAGGGGACCGUUGAUGUUGUUGACAAGAUCAUCAAAGAAUUUGAAGCUAUCAUCGCCGCCGAAAAGGACAAGAUCACUAUCGUUGUGGACAUCCCGGCUGAUAAGCAUAGAAAGCUUAUCGGUCGCGAGGGAAGUGUUCGAAAGGAGAUUGAACGUACCUUUAGCGUUACCCUUGAUAUUCCGCGACAGCGCCAAGACGGUGGGGAAGCUCCCACUGGCAUCAAGCUUUCUGGUUCUGCUGAGAAUGUUGAGCAGGCUAAGGAGCACAUCUUGAAUUUGACCAAGGACCAAGAUGCGACUAAUGUCUCCGUUCCUAAGCACUUGCAUCACUCUUUGUCAGACGGCGGAUCGCUUGCUAGAACCUUCAGAAACAGAUAUAAUGUUGACAUUGGUUUCAGUGGUGAAUUGCCACCGAGACCUAAGGGUCAACAGGGUAGAAAGAGAGCACCCGAGUCAACCCCGUUGAUUACCGAUGAUCCAUCCGAGAACGCUUCAAACAUCUCUUGGGAGGUCGUUGACAACACUGCUGCUGCUGAAGAAGGUGGUGAAGUUACCUGGGCUCUUCGCGGAGCGACUGAAGAUAUCGCUAAGGCUGCCGACGAACUUAAGAAAUUAAUCGACGAAGAAAGCGGAAAGACCGCGACUGGAUACUUGUUCCUGCCUGACCCAAGCAAGUACCGAUAUGUCGUCGGCCCCGGUGGCAGCCAGGUCAAUUCGAUCAGAAAGGAGACGGGCUGCAAGAUCACGAUCCCUAAGGAACAAAGCGACGAGGCUAUUAUUAUCAAGGGAAGUAGGGAUGGCGUUGAGAAAGCUAAGGAGAUCAUUGUCGGGUUGGUUCACGGCGGAAAUGGUGGGGGAAGGGGGGGAAGGGGUGGCCGUUCCAAUGGAGAUUAG